CGUCAAUUGAGAUUCAGCAACAUUUUCGACUCAGCAAAAGAGAUUGCAAAGGUCACAACGAUGAGUGCAUCCAAGCCCAACUUCUCGGCGCCGGCGCAGACAAUAAAGUGCCAUGGCUUGCUUUUUGACAUGGAUGGUACGAUUAUCGACUCGACGAUUGCAAUCGAAAAACACUGGCACAAGAUUGGCAAGGAGAUUGGAGUUGCGCCCGAGGUGAUUCUGGCAACCUCACACGGGCGGAGAUCUAUCGACGUUCUCAAGAUCUAUGAGCCGAAGCUGGCUAAUUGGGAGUACAUUUGCCAUGCCGAGGGACUGGUACCCAAGGAAUUCGGGCAUGAUGCCGUUGAGAUUCCCGGAUCGCGUGCCUUGCUGGACAAGCUGGAGGAACAGGGUGUUCCGUGGUGCAUUGUGACGUCCGGCACACGUCCGCUUGUACAGGGUUGGCUAGACGUGAUGAAACUGGCACACCCCAAGAAUCUGGUGACGGCGGAAGACGUACUCAACGGCAAGCCGGAUCCCACGUGCUACCAGAUGGGAGCGGAGAAACUGGAGCUGCAAAGAAAGGAGGCUUCUAUCAUUGUCUUUGAGGAUGCGCCGGCAGGAAUUCGGUCAGGCAAGGCGGCAGGGUUCGUGGUGGUGGGUCUCCACACGUCACAUACGCUAGAACAGAUUGUGGAAGCUGGGGCAGACUACAUUGUUCAGGACAUGGGGAGCGUCACACUUCAGUCAUGGGACAAGACGACGGGGGAGGGUGAGAUUGUCAUCACAAAUGCGUUAGUGUAGGGGCGUGAGUAGGUAGGGGGACAAGUGUACUCGUAGACCUUGGUUGCUGAGGACGGGGCGGGUAGUUUAGACUUUUGGUGGCGUAGGAGUUCUGCGGCUCUGCUUACUGUGCGCUUUUGAGAGUUGAUGCCGUGUGCGCGCAGUGUUACUCGGCUAGAGCCAAAGACGCAGGAGGUGGUUCGACGUUGUAUGUGGGUGGGGACUAGAGUGCAGCGCAGGCGUGUCGAGUGCUGUCCGUACAUAUGUAGGUGAGUAGAAAUAGCUGACGCAUGCACCCAGCCUGGCGUGAGCAGACCAGCCUUGCCGAAUGAGCAGUUGGGGUUGGAGGUUGGAGGAGAGAGGGG